GAGAGAGAGAGAGAGAGAGGAAGAAAAAGCUAAACGAUCUCCAUCAGUCUUAGAGGAAACUUUCGUAGGGAAGAAGAGGAAGAAGAAGAGCAAGAAGAAGAAGAAGGGGAAGGAGAAGAAAGAAGAAUGAUUAUAUAAUGAAACGUGAGGGAGGCGGUGAGGAGAAGCUCUUAUGAGGAGGUUCUGGGAGGAUUACCAAUAAUUCAGGAAGAAGGAAGAGACAAUGAAGGAAGGAAGAGAAGGAUCCAUUCAUCUCUGCCUCUCUCUCCUGCUGGGUUCCCUCAUGGGCGGCGUGGGAGCAGGCACGGGGCUGUACAUGGGGCCUUAUUUCCCCACCCCCCAGCCCCGCAACAUUACGGUACACCAGAACACCGUAGCGUACCUGCCCUGUACCGUGAAGCAGCUGGGAGACAAGACGGUGUCUUGGGUUCGGAGGCGCGACGCGGACAUCCUGACGGUGGACAAGUAUACCUUUGUGCGGGACGAGAGGCUCACGGUUCACUUCACGCCUGAGUCAGACACAUGGACACUUGUUAUCAAAUACGUGCAGGAACGGGACGCAGGGACCUAUGAGUGUCAAAUCUCUACUGAACCCAAGAUGUCCAUGUUUGUGCACCUUAAUGUGAUAGUGCCGCAGGUGGAGGUGUCCGGGGCGGCAGACAAGUACGUCCGCAGCGGAUCAAGUGCACGGCUGGAGUGUACUGUGAGUUCCACCGUGCAACUGCCGGACUACAUCUUCUGGUACCACUCCGGCGAUAGGCUGCUGGAGUAUGACCACCCGAGGAUAAAGAUUAGCGUGUCGCGGCGUGGCGGGCAAGGUAGCGAGAUGAGUGUGACGUCCACGCUUAUCAUUUCCAACGCUAGGCCGUCUGAUGCUGGGAACUACACGUGUCUCCCUUCCAACCUCCACAACGCGACGACCGUGCUGCACGUGCUCAAUGACGAGCAUCCCGCGGCCAUGCACACUGGGCGGGGGGCAGCAGCCGAUCCCCUCCCUGUCUGGGGCGUGGUGGUGGUGGUCUGCCUCGUUCUCCUCGUCUCCAGGAGUCCACGAGAGGAGCGCGUCACUCUCCAUCUCCCUCACGUCCUGGACACUGAAGGAGGCGGGCGUGAGGGUGACAAAGAGAGGCGGGCGGGGCGUGAUGUUCCCCGGGCGGCUUCAGGAAGGGUUGACACGCACGCCUCCCUAACGUGCGGUCCUAAAGCCUCCUUCAGGAGUUAUACACUUGGAGGGAGAAGGGCGGCCGGUCCACGCCAGCUGUCAGGGAGCCGUCUUGGGGCGUGCUAUCGACAGAUUCACUACUCUCCCCCGCCGCUCCCUGUCCCCUGCAGCAGCCCCCGCCCCCCGCUGAGACUCUCCUUUUUCUCCUCCUUCAAGCACGGUCUCCUCUCCUUCCAUCCUCCUUCCCUCAAGCCGCUAACGCCGUGUUUCCUCGCCAGAACUCAAGAAAAGUAUUCCUCCCUCAAGCUCUUUUUGUCUUUCUUUUUCUAAUUAGUGUGUGUGUUUCCUGGAGGACUCGAGGAGCGCCGGCCGUCAUUUGCCUGCCCGGGAGGAAAGAAAACUAAUAAAAGCGACGCCAAAGUGCAUGAAUAAAUAACCAAAGAAAAAAAAA